CUCGUUCUCUUGCGUCAUUAUCCGCCAUUUCGGGUUUCUAGUAUUUGUCUUAAAACUGUUACGAAUUUAUUGUUAAAGUAGUCAGGUUUCAUUGCUAUGUGAAAAUAUAUAAUGGAUAAACAGAAUAAGACUUCAAAAAUGAAUGAAAAAACUGAAAAAAGUGAUGACGAUGUUGUAAUUCUUGAUGAAGAUAGAGAUGGAGAGGAUAUUGCAUUGGAUUCUGCUGAAGCAUUAGAAGAAACUGAAAAGCAGGAAUACGAAAAUGAUGAGAACAGUAUGGCAGAAGAGGAUAGUGAUGAUGACGACGACGAUGAUAUUGAUGAUGAUGAAGAUGAUAUACAAUAUAUUGAUGAAGUUGGAGGUGAUGAUGAUGAUGUCUUAAGUGAUGAAGAAGGAAAAGAAGCUGGAGGUGGUGAUGCUAGUGAUGGUGAGGGAGGAACAGAAGAUGCAGCUAAGGAGAGUGAAGAUGGUGACAAGAAAAACAAAAAACUAAAAGAUAAAGCUUCACAAAAAACUGAAGAUAAAAAUAAGAAAUCAGGGAAAGAUGAUGCUUCAAAACAAUCAUCAUCAAAAUCAAGAUCAAGUUCACAUUCAAGAUCAGAGAAAAAACGAUCAAGUGAACGUAAAAGAAAAGAUGAUGGCAGAGAAUCAAGAGAUGAUAGCAUUCCGCGAAAGAGACGUUCUGGAAUAGAUACUGAAUCUAUUGACAGAAAAAGAAAGAAAGAGAGAGAUGAAAGAUCACUAUUUCUGAAUAAUUUACCAAAGGAGAUUACUGUGGAAGGAAUAAAAAAAUUAUCUCCAGAUAUUUUAGAUGUACGCAUUCCUUUAGAGCAUGGAAAGUACAUGGUAACACAGUAUGCUUUUAUUGAAUUUAAAGACGAAGCUACAGCUGAAAAAAAUUUCAAACUGCUAUCUGGAAAAGAAAUUGAUGAUCAUGUUCUUUUUAUUGAUUUUUGUGGAAAGAAAAGCACAACCAAGAAAAAUGAUUCAAAGCCAAAACAAGUUAAUAAAAAGAAAUUAUUUAUACCUGAUAUUCCUGCAGGUAUAACAGUGGAUGAUUUUAAGAAAUACAUGUCAGAAGCUACACAGUUAUCAACAAUAAUUAGAGGAUCAAAAAGAAUAUUAUUUGCCACAUUCGAUACUGAAGAAGCUGCAGAGAAAGCCUUUCAAGAAAAUGAGAAUUUAGAAAUAAAUGGGAAAAAACUUACCGUAUUAUAUGCAGCUACAAGAAAGCAAUUACCAAGGAUAAGAAAUCAUUAUGAUCAUGGUUACAAAUCGCGAAGAUCCUAUUUUCCACGACGUGGAUUCAAUCGUAGUCGUAAGAUGUCUCCCAACCGAAGAUUUGGUCGAGGAAGGGGAUUCAAUCGCGGUAGAUCUCCCGGUCGCGGAUUUCGCGAUCAGGGAAUGUCAUCCGGGCGCGGAUUUCACCGCGGGAGAGGAUUUGGUAAUCGAAACUUUCAGGGCCACGGCUUUCAACAAAGCCGAGGAUUCCGUGGUUCUUUUCAUUAAGCCAUAAGACUAGUCUGUUGAUCAUGGUCAUCAUCAUCUGGUUAAUUUGCUAGUAGUACCUAAGACAUGUCAUCGUCAUUUUUUUUUCCUCUGAAUGUUUUGUUUUAUUUUGCCACAUAUAUACAUGUGCAUAUUUUCAGUGACUGAUGAAACAAACAUUGAAAAUAAGGACUAUACAGGCAAGCUAAAUUAAUGCAGUUGAAAAUUUUAAAUAUUGUAAAUUGCAUAUAUCGAAUAUUAUGUGAAAGACUUUUUCAGUUAUUGAAUUUAUUAAAUUGUUGAAAUUUGAUUUGUUUAGAUUCUAAAGCAAUCGAGUUAAUUUUAAGAACUUUUUUAUAUUUUGUGUAGAAUGUUUUACAUGCCAUUCUAAUAAAUGUAAAUCCAUACUCAUUAAUAUUAAACAUUUUAUUCAAUUAUUAUGUAUUCAUUGUUGUUACCAUAUAAAUCAUUUUCAGUUUCUCCCAAAAACUUGCACAAUGGCAUGAUUAUAUAAAAGUAGUAAAAUAUUUUAAUAUUUUAGACUUUCUAAAUGGAUUUACAUCUUUAAGAAUUAUGUUUAUUUUAAACAAAUUAUAUAUUUAUUAUUAUACUAUUGAUUGCACAAAUAAAAGUGGGUAAUGUAUUGUUAAAAACAAUGUUUUCUUUGCUCUAACAAUUAAAAAUACAUGAUAUACAGUAAUUACUUA